UUUCGUCGUUGAAGCCCAUUCCACCACCCGCCGACAAGACAGGACCGCCCGCCACACCCGCAUCAGGAAGAAGGUUGAAGGGACACCAGAAAGGCCACGAUUGUCCGUGUACCGAUCCAACAAGCAUCUUUCUGUCCAGGUCAUAGAUGACACCAACAUGCACACUCUUGCUUCGGUUUCAACAAUGCAGAAGGCAGUUUUUGAAGAGUUCAACUACACAGCUGGUCCUACAGUUGAAGUAGCAAAGAGGGUUGGUGAAAUCAUUGCAAAGUCCUGUCUGGAGAAAGGGAUCACAAAGGUGGCCUUCGACCGAGGUGGAUACCCGUACCAUGGUCGUGUUCAAGCACUCGCAGAUGCAGCUCGCGAACAUGGCCUAGAGUUCUAAAAUGAUUAUGCACUUGCCAUGUCGUUCAUUUUGAAGUUUGUUACUUAAUGAUUUAACAAUGAGAAAGUCUAGGGAACAAUCCUAUAUGCGGCCAAGCAGCCAACUUUUCAACACUUGAUUUUAAAAUUUGAAAAACUUGUUUUUUGCUCAAAAAACACAUACCCUCCGACCCCCUUCACCUCUCCCGUUGCGUCUCUUCUUUCUUUCUGCGUCACCCCUCUCUUCACGUUUCUUCUUUUUCUCUAGAUCACCUUUGGAAGUUCUUGUA